AUGCGUUUCUCUAUCGCCCUCGCUUUGCCUCUGGCCCUUUCCGUGGCCGCCCUCAAGGUCACCGAGCCUGCCAAGGGUGCUGAGCUUGAUGUCUCCAAGUCUUUCACUAUCAAGUGGGACAGCGUCGACACCGAUGCCGACUCUGUCAACAUCAUCCUUGUCAACAACAACAUCUACCCCAACGUUGAGGAGAAGAUCGCCUCCGACAUUGACACCUCCAAGGGCACCUACACUGCCUCUGGUCUCAAGGACGUCGCCAAGGGUUCCGGCUUCCAGGUCAACCUGAUGUCCACCUCCGAGAAGAACACCGGCAUCCUCGCCCAGUCCCAGCAAUUCAACGUGACCGAGCCCGCUGAGAGCUCCUCAUCUGCUACUUCUACUGGUACAUCAUCCACUGUUUCUUCUUCUUCUGCUUCUUCUACCUCUGGCGUCUCCACUGGUUCUUCCACUGCUGGUUCCUCCACCACUGGAUCCACCACCGAGACUUCCACUACCGGUACUUUUUCCCCUAGCACAACCGAAUCCCUUGGAACCCAUUCUGGAACCCAUUCCGCAUCCCAUUCUGGAUCCCAUGGAACCUCAAGCGCAUCCCCAAGCGCAUCUUCAAAGCCCCAUACUGAUUCAUCUUCCACAGUCACCAGCGUCGCCACUCUGACCGGUACCGCCGGUACCGCCACCGGCACCACCACCGGUACCUUCACCAAGACCGGUCUUGCUACCAGCGCCUCUGCCUCUGGCUCUGCUAGCGGCUCUUCCACUGCUGCCCCCACUCCCUCCACCGGUGCUGCCAUGUCCCUGGUUGCUCAGCCUAUGGCUCUCGCCGGUGCCGUUGUCGGUGCUCUCGCUUUCCUGUAA